AUGGCAUUCGAAUCGACGGAUACGCUGACCAACCCCACAGUACUAUUCAAACUCAAGCCCGGGGUAACGCCCGCUCAACUUUCAGCCUGGACGACGCAGGCAAAGGCAAUGGUGGGCAAAAUUCCAGGCCUGAGGAAACUUGAAGUGAAUACUCCUUUGCCCUCAACGGCGCACAGGGCCCAAGGGUUCAAUAUGGGACUGGUCGCCAUCCUGGACAAGGGAGACGAUGUAAAAGUCUACGCCGAGCACCCUGCUCAUUUGGAAGUGCACAAAUUUAGAGAGGAACUUUGUGACGAUACACUGGCGUAUGACCUUGAGUUUCAAGAGUGA